CCCUGAGGACACAGUACGUAGGCCUGGCUCCCUGCAGAGCUCCCCGGGUUGAUGCUGAUGUUGGGGGAAUGGAGGGGAGAGUUCAGGGUCUGCUCUGUGCCCACCACACUGGGUGCAAAGGAAGUGAGUACCACAUGCUGGGUCUGUGGCCGGGAGCCACGCUGCGCCCCUCCCGUCCCCCGGAGUUCCGGCUGGUCAACGGCAGCAGCGGCUGUGCAGGGCGGGUGGAGCUCCAGGUGCAGGGGACCUGGGCACCCCUCUGUGCUGCUCACUGGGACCUCGCAGACGCCACCGUCCUCUGCCACCAACUCAGCUGUGGCAAUGCGGUGGCCACACCCGGGGGAGGCCACUUUGGGGGAGGUGACAGUCCCAUCUGGCCCGACGUGUUUCACUGUGUGGGGACGGAGCCCCAUUUGUGGAGCUGCACACCCAGCACCCUGGGGGCCCCCGCCUGUGCCCCAGGAAAUGCAGCCUCUGCCGUCUGCUCAGGUCUCCCUGACGCCCUGCGGCUGAGGGAGGGACAGAGCCGCUGUGAUGGGCGCGUGGAGAUCUCCCUGGACGGGCUGUGGGGCCGCGUCCUGGAGGAGGCCUGGGACCUGCGGGGCGCGGAGGUCGCGUGCCGGCAGCUCCAGUGCGGAGGGGCCGAGCGGGCCUACGACGCCCCUGUCCCCGGCCGCGGGGCCGUCCCUGUGGGGCUGAGCCGUGUGCGCUGUGUGGGCAACGAGAGCCGCCUGGCCGAGUGCGACGUGUCCGCGUCGCGGCUGGUGCCCGCGGGGUCCUUGCGGGAUGCGGGCGUCGUCUGCUCAGGGAGCCUCCUCCGUUUGCGGCUGGCGGCCGGGCCGGGCCGCUGCGCGGGGCGCGUGGAAGUGCUCCGCGGCGGCGCGUGGGGCACGGUGUGUGACGACGGCUGGGACCUGCGGGACGCCCACGUGGUCUGCAGGCAGCUGGGCUGUGUCCGGGCCGUGGGCGCCCCGGGGUCCGCCCACUUCGGGGCGGGGUCCGGGCGCAUCUGGCUGGACGAACUGCGCUGCGGUGGCCAUGAGUCUGCGCUGUGGCAGUGCCCGUCGGGAGGCUGGGGUCGGCACGACUGCAGGCACAAGGAGGACGCCGGCGCCGUCUGCUCACAGUCGGUGGCCCUGAGGCUGCGAGGGGGCCCCCAGCGCUGUGCUGGGUGGCUGGACGUGCUCUACAAUGGGACGUGGGGCUCCGUGUGCGGCAACUCUCUGAAGGAGGCCUCGGUGUCCACCAUCUGCUAGCAGCUGGGGUGUAGAGGCGGGGGUGGGGGGCUGGAGAAGGGGCCCGUCCCCGCGGCAGGCCUGGGCAUGGCCUGGCUGGACCACAUCGAGUGCCACUGCUUGCCCGUCCUGUCCCUGUGUCAGUGCCCCUCAGCCCCGUGGCACCCAUUCUACUGAGCCCGCGGGGAGGAGGUCUGGAUCACCUGUGCAGGUGGGCCCCGCUGCGUGCAGUCACGGAGGAGGCGGGGAGGCGGGUCGGAGAAACAGGCAGAGGCUUCCGCAGAGCCGCCCAACUGCUUGGUGCCGCACGCCUGCCCAGAGGAGGGGCAGCUGCGCUUGCGCGGGGGUGAGGACGGCUGCUCCGGACGCGUGGAGCUCUGGCACGCCGGCUCCUGGGGCACCGUGUGUGACGAUUCCUGGGACCUGGCCGUCGCGGACGUCGUGUGCCGCCAGCUGGGCUGUGGCCCCGCCCUGAGCGCCCUGAGGGAGGCCGCCUUCGGCCCGGGCUCGGGGCCCGUGUGGCUGGACGAGGUGGGGUGCCGGGGCAGCGAGGCGUCCCUCUGGAGCUGCCCUGCGGAGCCCUGGGGACAGGGAGACUGUGCGCACAAGGAGGACGCGGGCGUGCGCUGCGCGGGUGACAGGUGGACCACCGCCCUGCCCCAGGCAUUGGGCACUGCCCCGGCCCCCCCACCCAUCCCCGAGGCUGGGACUCUUCCUGUGACCAUCUGCUUCAUCCUUGGGACCCUCCUGGGUGUCGUCUUGUUGGUCCUGGGGGCUCAGUGGUGUUGCUGCCAAGAGACCUGCAGGGGCUCUGGAGUGACCGGGAGUGCCCCCUUGGAGGGCGUGUACGAGGACAUUGGAGACAUGCCCACGAGGGAGAAGGACGAGGGGCUGCAAGGGGCCGGGGACCUGGAGCUGGAGGAGGAGUACGACGACGCGGGGGAGCCUGGGGAGGAGCCCGAGGAGGAGGAGGACGAGGAGCAGCUCCUGAGCCCCGAGGUUCUGGAAUCCAGAAGUCCGAGACUGAGGUGUCAGCAGGGCCGCACUCUCCAGAGCCUCCAUGGAGACCCCCUCCUUGCCUUCUCCAGCUGCUGGUGGCCCCGGGAGACACUGGCCUGGGGGCUCCACUACUCCAACUGCUACCUCUGUGGCCGGCCCUGUGGAGUGGCCUCCGUGGACUCACAGGCCCUGGCCAAUGGGGUGGUCGGGAUUCAGGACUUGGAGAGGACCGCCAUCCCGGUCUUGUCAGACCUUCCAGAACAUCGGCACAGCUGGGUCACGUCCCCGCCUGUGAGCAGACCCAGGGUGGCUCCAGCAGAGUGUCCAGGGAUGGCAGUGUCCCCUCCGCGGCUGUGGCCCCUUCUCCUGGCCUGCUGGACCCUCUGUCUGGGCCUGGCCGGGGAGGAGUUCCUGCGUGCCCACGGGGGCAGAAACAACUGUGAGGGCCUGGUCCAGGUCGGGCACCGCGGGCAGCAGGGGCUCGUGUGCGGGGACCGCUGGAGCCUGGCAGAAGCUUCCGUGAUCUGCAGACAUCUCGACUGCGGCACUGCCAUGGGAUCCCCCACCUACGUGCUGAGACCCCAGGAGAUGGAGUCGCCCUGGAUGCAGGGGCCCAGCUGCCAGGGCACAGAGGCCUCACUGUGGGAAUGCUCACUGGGGGCCUGGGGGCCGCUGAACGACUGCGAGUGCAGGUGUGUGGCGGUGAUUGUCUGCUCAGGUGGGAUCAUCUGAGGAGUCCAGCUGAGAGGUGGAGGCAGCCCCUGUGCUGGGACCCCCGAGCUGGUAAAUCUGGAUGACAACAACGUAAUGUGUGAAUUGUAUAAGGAGGAGGCGAAUGUUUUCUGCAAACAGCUCUCAUGUGGCCCAGCUGUGAAGUGGUCCGGAUCCCACCUCAGAGGGGGCCUGGGGGUCGAGGGGCAGAAGGCUGUGACCUGCCAGGCGACAGAUUCCAGCAUCUUAAGCUGCAGGUUCAACCUGAACUUCCUGGGACAGUGUGACCUCUCGUUGCACACCGAGGUGGUGUGCUCAGAGCACACGGAGGCCCGGCUGGUGGGCGGAGAGCACCCCUGCGCAGGGCGCCUGGAGGUGAGGCGUGGGCUGACCUGGGGCACCGUCUGUGAUGCCGACCUGGACCUGGCCAUGGCCCACGUCGUCUGCCGGGAGCUACAGUGCGGCUCGGCUGUCUCCAUGCCCGGGGGCGCCCACUUCGGCCGUGGCUCUGGGCUCGUGUGGACAGAGGCCUUCCGGUGUGUGGGCAACGAGUCCCUGCUGUUCAACUGCCCCCGGGGGCCUGGGCACCAGGAGCCGUGUGGACACAGCCGGGAUGCCGGGCUCAGGUGCUCGGGGGACAAGUUCCGGCUGGUCAACGGCAGCAGCGGCUGUGCAGGGCGGGUGGAGCUCCAGGUGCAGGGGACCUGGGCACCCCUCUGUGCCGCUCACUGGGACCUCGCAGACACCACCGUCCUCUGCCACCAACUCAGCUGUGGCAAUGCGGUGGCCACACCCGGGGGAGGCCACUUUGGGGGAGGUGACGGUCCCAUCUGGCCCGACGUGUUUCACUGUGUGGGGACGGAGCCCCAUUUGUGGAGCUGCACACCCAGCACCCUGGGGGCCCCCGCCUGUGCCCCAGGAAAUGCAGCCUCUGCCGUCUGCUCAGGUCUCCCUGACGCCCUGCGGCUGAGGGAGGGACAGAGCCGCUGUGAUGGGCGCGUGGAGAUCUCCCUGGACGGGCUGUGGGGCCGCGUCCUGGAGGAGGCCUGGGACCUGCGGGGCGCGGAGGUCGCGUGCCGGCAGCUCCAGUGCGGAGGGGCCGAGCGGGCCUACGACGCCCCUGCCCCCGGCCGCGAGGCCGUCCCUGUGGGGCUGAGCCGUGUGCGCUGUGUGGGCAACGAGAGCCGCCUGGCCGAGUGCGACGUGUCCGCGUCGCGGCUGGUGCCCGCGGGGUCCUUGCGGGAUGCGGGCGUCGUCUGCUCAGGGAGCCUCCGCGUGCGGCUGGCGGCCGGGCCGGGCCGCUGCGCGGGGCGCGUGGAGGUGCUCCGCGGCGGCGCGUGGGGCACGGUGUGUGACGACGGCUGGGACCUGCGGGACGCCCACGUGGUCUGCAGGCAGCUGGGCUGUGGCCGGGCCGUGGGCGCCCCGGGGUCUGCCCACUUCGGGGCGGGGUCCGGGCAAAUCUGGCUGGACGAGCUGCGCUGCGGGGGCCAUGAGUCUGCGCUGUGGCAGUGCCGGUCGGGAGGCUGGGGUCGGCACGACUGCAGGCACAAGGAGGACGCCGGCGCCAUCUGUUCAGAGUUGCUGGACCUGAGGCUGCAGAACCGCAGCCAGCCCUGCGCUGGGCGGCUGGAAGUUUUUUACAAUGGCACCUGGGGGGGCGUCUGCCAGACGCUGAGUGCCGUUUCCCUGGGGGUCCUGUGUGCGCAGCUGGGCUGUGGACCCUAUGGGCAGCUGCUGGCUGGGGCUGGGACCGGGCCGCCCCCUGGGGCCCUCUGGGUGGCCUCUGUUCAGUGCCGAGACAGGUAUGACAACUCCCUGUGGCAGUGCCCCUCGGACCCCUGGGAUCAGCAAUCCUGCUCCCACCCAGAGGAAGCCUGGGUGGCCUGUACAGAAAAUGAGGGAGCAGCUACUCAGGGCACAGAGGCACCCCUCAACUGUUCGGCCACUCAGCCCUGCCCAGAGGAGGGGCGGCUGCGCUUGCGCGGGGGUGAGGACGGCUGCUCCGGACGCGUGGAGCUCUGGCACGCCGGCUCCUGGGGCACCGUGUGUGACGAUUCCUGGGACCUGGCCGACGCGGACGUCGUGUGCCGCCAGCUGGGCUGUGGCCCGGCCCUGAGCGCCCUGGGGGAGGCCGCCUUCGGCCCGGGCUCGGGGCCCGUGUGGCUGGACGAGGUGGGGUGCCGGGGCAGCGAGGCGUCCCUCUGGAGCUGCCCUGCGGAGCCCUGGGGACAGGGAGACUGUGCGCACAAGGAGGACGCGGGCGUGCGCUGCGCGGGUGACAGGUGGACCACCUCCCUGCCCCAGGCACUGGGCACUGCCCCGGCCCCCCCACCCAUCCCUGAGGCUGGGACCCUUCCUGUGACCAUCUGCUUCAUCCUUGGGACCCUCCUGGGUGUCGUCUUGUUGGUCCUGGGGGCUCAGUGGUGUCGCUGCCGAGAGACCUGCAGGGGCUCUGGAGUGACCGGGAGUGCCCCCUUGGAGGGCGUGUACGAGGACAUUGGAGACAUGCCCACGAGGGAAAAGGACGAGGGGCUGCAAGGGGCCGGGGACCCGGAGCUGGAAGAGGGGUACGAUGACGCGGGGGAGCCUGGGGAGGAGCCCGAGGAGGAGGAGGACGAGGAGCGGCUCCUGAGCCCCGAGGGUGGGGCUGGGAUGGAUGGCCAAGGAGACCCCUGCCCAGGACAUGAUGACCCUGAGCAAGCACUGGGGAGCCUCAGCGAGGGGCAGAGAGCCGGUGGCCAUGGAGGGAGCACGGAGGCGAGGGGGAGCCGUGGAUGUUGCAGGAGGAGACAGAGGACGCGGGAGGAGGCUCCCAGACCCCGUGUGGAGUGUGCUUUCCUCCGCAGAGUCCAGGGAGGCCCAGGGGUCUCCCCUGAGAUGAUCCAUGAGCAGAGCUUCGUGGGGUGAGGGCCUCUGAUGGCCUGCACGGUGAUGGCCAGUUGACCCAGUGACCACAGCAAGGACGACUUGGAGUAGUCAGCACCAGAGGGGAGCAUGGGGCGGCCAUCAUUUCUCAAGCGUCAGCACCCCUGUGACGGGCACCUCAAGGUGUCCUUCCCUGCUGCACUGCAAGAGGGCACCUGCUCCGCUGCAGAAGAGCCCCCGCCUGCUUGGGAGCACUUUUGAUGUGGCGGCCACAGCGUGUGCAGAGCUUUGAGAGAAGUGCCAUCUUCUCUGGGUCACUGUGUUUCUUCUGCAGCGUGUUCAGGUUGAACUCUGGCUUUCACCAACAGCCCCUCAGUUCCCAGCCGGUCAGAAAGGCUGACCCUUUGAGCGAACGACAGCACCAGUGCAGCCUGGGCGGGGUGCAGGGCAUCUUUGGGGGGUGGGGGAUGGAACGAGGCUUGCAAAUUGGCUGCUUUCCUCCACCAGAGCCUUUCCCGAGGCACAUCCCCAGGCCUGGCCCUGGGGUCUCACCCAGCCAGUCUCGGAGGAGGCCUGAAGGCACAUGUGGUUUCAUCAAGGACAGUGUCCUCCCACUCUCUGCCCGCCUCGGGGCCCCGAGACCCUCCACCACACACGUUUCACUCACAUUAAGCCCAGCUUCUGGUGGGGACUGAGCCCCUUCUCCCCUCCCAGGAGGCUGGGAAACCCUGACUCUUCCCAUGAACCACAGUCCCCUGUGCGUGAUGGCUCCAGUUU